AUGAGAAGCGCACAAACCCAGACAGCAACACAAGAAAAGGUCAAGCCACAAGUGAAAGUUUCGCCACAUAGUACCCAGAGCAAAGCACUUGAGAAAGCCUCAAAGGACUAUGAAGCAGUCAUAGGUAUCGAAACCCAUGUCCAGCUCAACACUCUUACCAAGGCCUUCUGUAGUUGUCCUUAUAAUUAUGGCUCUCCUCCAAACACCAGCGUCUGCCCCAUUUGUAUGGGUCUGCCUGGAGCUUUACCAGUUUUGAACUUGAAGGUCAUUGAGUCUGCAGUGAAAGUGGGACUUGCACUCAAUUGCAAAUUGUCAUUGAACUCAAAGUUUGAUAGGAAACAAUACUUUUACCCAGACCUUCCGAAGGGAUACCAAAUAUCGCAGUUUGACAUUCCAAUUGCAACCAGUGGUUACAUUGACUUGGAUCUUCCGCUAGAGUUUGGUGGUGGGCGUAGGAAGUUUGGAAUUACAAGAGUUCACAUGGAAGAGGAUGCAGGGAAGCUGCUUCAUUCAGAAGGUGGAAGUUACUCGCAGGAAAGUACCUUUCUCUUUGUGCUUACCAUCAACAUUGUUCUACUUCUUAUAAGUUAUAAAAGAGUGAACUACAUUCUGGUUGAUUUAAAUAGGGCAGGGGUGCCCUUGCUUGAGAUUGUUUCUGAACCUGAUAUGAGAAAUGGUAUUGAAGCUGCAGAAUAUGCUGCAGAGUUACAGAGGUUGGUUCGGUAUCUGGGAGUGAGUAAUGGCAAUAUGCAAGAAGGUUCACUUCGUUGUGAUGUUAAUAUUUCAGUUCGACCAAUUGGGCAAUUACAGUUUGGGACGAAGGUGGAGAUAAAAAAUUUGAACUCAUUUUCAUCGGUUAGUAGGGCAAUUGAUUAUGAAAUCUCAAGGCAGGUGCUUCUUCAUAGUCAAGGCCAGGAUAAAGAAAUUGUACAGGAAACUCGUCUAUGGGAAGAAGGAGCUCAGAAAACAGUUACAAUGAGGAAGAAAGAAGGACUUGCCGAUUACCGAUAUUUCCCAGAACCAGACCUUCCAGGAGUUUUCCUCACUACAGACUAUGUUGAUGGUAUUCGUAAUUCUUUGCCUGAACUUCCAGAAACGAAGCGUCGGAGGUAUGAAAAGAUGGGCCUGAGCAUGCAGGAUGUUCUUUUCCUUGCAAAUGACAUGAAUGUUGCAGAGUUUUUUGAUACUACUAUUACAAAAGGUGCUGAUGUGAAGCUGGCUACCAACUGGAUAAUGGGCGAUAUUGCUGCCUAUAUGAAAAAUGAAAAGUUGACCAUCAAUGAGAUUAAGCUUACUCCUCAAGAGUUGGCUGAAUUAAUAGCUUCCAUAAAAGAUGGGACCAUUAGUGGGAAGAUAGGAAAAGAGAUAUUGUUUGAGCUUCUAGCCAAGGGUGGUACUGUGAAGGGACUGAUAGAAGCAAAAGAUUUAGUUCAGAUAGUAGAUCCUGCUGAGAUUGAAAAAUGGGUAGAAAAGGUGUUGUCCGAGAAUCCCAAGCAGCUGGAACAAUAUCGUGGCGGAAAAACUAAGCUGCAAGGUUAUUUUGCUGGCCAGGUAAUGAAACUAUCAAAAGGAAAAGCAAAUCCAGGGCUCCUAAACAAGAUUCUUUUAGAGAAAUUGAACGCCAAAAGCUGA